AUGAGUUUCUCCAAUCUCCCCAACGAGGUUAUUUUGCUCCUGGUCCCUCAUUUUGAGUACGAGAGUGAUAUCAACGCCCUAUGUCGCACCACCCGGUGGCUGCAUGGACUACUGAACACCAUUCUGUACGACCGUAGUGCCAGCUACCAGCGAGACGGGGGAUACACGCUCGAAUGGGCCGCCAUUAACGGGUCAACCUCAACUGUCAGACUCAUCCUGGAAGCAGCUGCCCCGCCAGACGCCUGCGGAAGCGAGCCCUGGCAGCCAUUUGCCUUGGCCGCCCUUCACGGACACAGUGAGAUAAUGGAACUGCUAUACGAACAGGGCAUCAAUCCAUUAUCCACCCUUAACGACUGGAAGAAUCCUCUUAGUCAUGGAGAAGACCCUGAAGAUAGGGCAGAGGGGCACCCGCUUUCUAUGGCAGCAUCGCAUGGCCAUGUAACCGUCGUCAAUAUACUACUUGAAUACGGCGUGCGUCCGGAUAUCCACAUAGGCAACUACGAGAGGCGUACCGCCCUCCAUUUCGCAGCCGAACAGGGCCAUCUCGAUGUUGUCCGCGCAUUAGCCGACGCGGGGUGUUCUAUAGAUGCGCAAGACAAGAACGGCGAAACCCCUCUUGCAUUUGCGGCGCAAAAAGACCACCUUGAUAUCGUGGAGUUCCUGCUCUCCCGUGGAGCAGACCCUAACAUUGCCACCGAAUACUAUGGGACCUCGCUCUGUAGGGCAUCCUCUUCCGGUAACAUCAAUAUCGUGCAAUGUCUACUUGAUCACGGGGCAACUCCCAACCCAUCCUGUCCAGACGGCCGGAAACCCCUCUUCCAACUAUCCCGCGCAGCACUAGGAGGGCACAAUGACAUCCUCGACCUCCUCCUCACCCGAUUUGACUACGUCAAAUCCUCGACAGAGCCAUACCAACAGGCGAUCCUCCUCUGCGUCGCUGCAAUAACCGGCCGCACCACCCUCAUCACUGACGUUUUCACAAAACACAACUGCGACCCCAACCUGCGCGUCACCGACGAACGCAUCUUCCACCCCUAUUCAUUCUCCUACAUGCCCCCACAAACAGCCCUCGCCUGGGCCGCAGAGUGCAACCAGCCCGCCAUAAUCGACAUCCUCUUCUCCCAUGGCGCAAGCAUGACCCUACCAACUGAAGGACCUCCCGUUCUCCUUCGCUCAAUCCAAAAAGGCCACAAAGAAGCCACCGCAACCCUCCUCGCCCAUGGCGCCAACCCAAACGAUCCCCCAGGAAAAGCCCUCUCCAUCGCUGUCACCAACCCAACCAUCUUCUCCCUUCUGCUCUCCCACAAUGCCGACCCAACCACCCCUCUCCCAAACUCAUGUCUCCUCGCCGAGAUCCUCUACUCGAGAAACGUAGAGACGCUCCGCAUCCUCCUCGACCACCCUAAGGGCCCAGAGCUAGUCGUCGACCCGCUACCGGUAGGAAACGAAACCGGAUCACGAUUGAUCCCGCUCUUCCAUGCCGCCCUAAUAGGCGGCGAGGGGGUCCUCCGUCUCCUCCUUGAUCGGGGCUUGCUGGCGUCGCCGACCGAACUUGACGAUCGCACCAUGAUCCGAUACCUCCAUCUUGCGGCAGGGCAAGGUAGCGUCUCGCUUAUGCGUCUGAUUCUGGAUAUAGGAUGUGAUGUCCAUGCAGGUGGUGAUACGGGAGACCUAAUUCAUCAGGCCGCGACAGCCAAGGAAGAUCCUGAGGGAUUGCUUGAUUUCCUCUUGCAGAAUGGGUGUAGCAUCGAUGAUACUAAUUUUGUGGGUCGCACUGCGUUGUUCCUGUCUGCGUAUGAUAACGAUGAAAGCGUUAUGCGACGGCUCUUGGACCGAAGGGCAGAUCCGCUGCUUGAUUGCUUGGGCGUGAACGUGUUGUCGAUUGCAGUUAAGGAGAGUAAUUUGGGUGCUGUUAAGAUGCUUUUGAAGGUGUUUGAUGAGAGGAAAUUGGGUUUUGGUGAACUAGAGGAAGUACUGAAACAGGCAGAGAAGGAUGUGUGGAUUUGGGAGGUUGAUCGGCAUAUCGCUGGGCUCUUGCAUCGGUUUUAUUGGCACAAGCGUUAUCCGGUGAGUACUUCCGAUGAUCUUUCCCUUGUCUCAUAA